CGUCGCUCGCUCGAGUGGGAGUCGAAUCUUCUGCGGAAUCGUUUGCUUUUAUUUCUGCACGAGCCUUCGCGUGCCGUUUCUUCCGCUUCAAACCAAAACAAACGUCGCUCGGUUCAUUUCCCGCAUCUCUGAGGGAUUAUUCGGUGUUUUCUGAGGAAAGGCGGCGAAAAAGGUCAAGGAAAAUAUGAGUGUUGAGGCGUAUGGGCCGAGCUCACAGACGCUCACCUUCCUGGACACGGAGGAAACGGAGCUGCUCGGGGCCGACACGCAGGGCUCGGAGUUCGAGUUCACCGACUUCACGCUUCCCAGUCAAACCCAGACGCAGGGCCAGACUCAAAGCCAGCUGGACAAUCAGGUGAACGGGCCUGAUGGAGUUCUGCCAAACGGAGAGGAUGCAGUGGUGAAGACCAGUCAACUUCUGGCCGAGCUGAACUUUGAAGAAGAUGAGGAAGAUACUUACUACACUAAAGACCUGCCAGUGCACGCCUGCAGCUAUUGUGGCAUUCAUGACCCAGCGUGUGUGGUCUAUUGCAACACCAGCAAGAAAUGGUUCUGCAACGGCCGUGGAAACACCUCUGGCAGUCAUAUUGUGAACCACUUGGUGAGGGCCAAAUGUAAGGAGGUGACCCUGCAUAAAGACGGCCCACUGGGCGAGACCGUUCUGGAGUGCUAUAACUGCGGAUGCCGCAACGUCUUCCUGCUUGGCUUCAUCCCGGCUAAAGCCGAUUCUGUAGUUGUGCUUCUGUGCAGGCAGCCAUGUGCGAGUCAGAGCAGUCUGAAGGACAUUAAUUGGGACAGCUCUCAGUGGCAGCCCCUGAUUCAGGACCGCUGUUUCCUGUCCUGGCUGGUAAAGAUCCCGUCUGAGCAGGAGCAGCUGAGAGCCCGUCAGAUCACCGCUCAGCAGAUCAACAAACUUGAGGAGCUCUGGAAGGAAAACCCGACAGCAACCCUGGAGGAUUUGGAGAAACCUGGAGUGGAUGAGGAACCUCAGCAUGUUCUACUUCGCUAUGAAGAUGCAUACCAGUACCAGAACAUUUUUGGCCCACUCGUGAAACUAGAGGCUGACUACGACAAGAAACUCAAAGAGUCCCAAACUCAAGACAAUAUAACAGUAAGGUGGGACUUGGGACUGAAUAAAAAGCGGAUAGCUUAUUUCACUCUGCCCAAGACGGAUUCAGGUGACAUGCGACUGAUGCAGGGAGAUGAGAUCUGUUUGCGCUAUAAAGGAGACUUGGCUCCACUCUGGAAAGGCAUUGGACACGUCAUCAAAGUUCCAGACAAUUAUGGAGAUGAGAUUGCUAUUGAGCUGCGCAGCAGUGCAGGCGCACCUGUGGAGGUGCCACAUAACUUCCAGGUGGAUUUUGUCUGGAAAUCCACAUCUUUUGACCGAAUGCAGAGUGCCCUGAAGACGUUUGCUGUUGACGAGACCUCCGUAUCUGGUUACAUCUAUCAUAAGUUGUUGGGUCACGAAGUGGAGGAUGUUAUCAUUAAAUGCCAGCUGCCCAAACGCUUCACUGCACAGGGUCUGCCAGAUCUCAACCACUCACAGGUCUAUGCUGUGAAGACGGUACUCCAGAGACCUCUUAGUCUAAUCCAAGGACCUCCAGGAACUGGCAAGACUGUCACCUCUGCCACCAUUGUCUACCAUCUGGCCAGACAGGGCAAUGGUCCAGUGCUGGUUUGUGCUCCGAGUAACAUCGCUGUGGACCAGCUGACGGAGAAGAUCCAUCAGACGGGACUGAAGGUGGUUCGUCUGUGCGCUAAGAGUCGUGAGGCCAUCGACUCACCUGUGUCGUUCUUGGCUCUGCACAAUCAGAUCCGCAACAUGGACAGCAUGCCAGAGUUGCAGAAACUGCAGCAGCUGAAGGACGAGACCGGCGAGCUGUCGUCCUCUGAUGAGAAACGCUACCGAGCUCUGAAACGAACGGCUGAGAGAGAGCUGCUCAUGAAUGCGGACGUGAUCUGCUGCACGUGUGUGGGUGCAGGCGACCCCCGACUUGCUAAAAUGCAGUUCCGAUCCAUUCUCAUCGAUGAGAGCACGCAGGCCACGGAGCCCGAGUGCAUGGUGCCAGUGGUGCUUGGGGCCAAACAGCUGAUUUUGGUUGGUGAUCACUGUCAGCUGGGUCCAGUGGUGAUGUGUAAGAAAGCAGCUAAAGCGGGUCUGUCUCAGUCUCUGUUUGAGCGUCUGGUGGUUCUGGGCAUCAGACCAAUCCGUCUGCAGGUGCAGUACCGCAUGCACCCCGCGCUCAGCGCUUUCCCUUCCAACAUCUUCUACGAAGGAUCUCUGCAGAACGGAGUCACAGCCACUGAUCGCAUCAAGAAAGGUUUUGACUUCCAGUGGCCUCAGCCAGAUAAGCCCAUGUUCUUCUACGUGACUCAAGGCCAGGAGGAGAUCGCAAGCUCUGGCACCUCCUAUCUCAACAGGACUGAAGCUUCUAACGUGGAGAAGAUCACCACACGACUGCUGAAGGCCGGAGCCAAACCCGAUCAGAUUGGCAUCAUCACACCGUACGAGGGCCAGCGCUCUUACCUGGUGCAGUACAUGCAGUUCAGCGGCUCCCUACACACCAAACUCUACCAGGAAGUGGAGAUUGCCAGCGUGGACGCCUUCCAGGGCAGAGAGAAAGACUUCAUCAUUCUGUCUUGCGUCAGAGCUAAUGAACACCAGGGAAUCGGCUUCCUCAAUGACCCACGCCGUCUCAACGUGGCCCUUACCAGAGCCAGGUAUGGUGUGAUCAUUGUGGGCAAUCCUAAAGCUCUGUCUAAACAACCUCUGUGGAACCACCUGCUCAACUACUAUAAAGAGCAGAAAGUUCUGGUGGAGGGGCCUCUGAAUAACCUGAGAGAGAGUCUCAUGCAGUUCAGCAAACCACGCAAGCUCGUCAAUACCAUCAACCCUGGAGCUCGUUUCAUGAGUACCGCCAUGUAUGACGCAAGAGAGGCCAUGAUUCCUGGAUCUGUGUAUGAUCGCAGCAGCACUGGACGUCCAUCUAAUAUGUACUUCCAGACCCAUGAUCAGGUUGGAAUGAUCGGGACCGGGCCAAACCCAAUGGGCUCCAUGAACAUACCGAUCCCAUUCAACCUGGUCAUGCCGCCCAUGCCUCCGCCCAGUUACUUGGGUCAGGUGAAUGGACCGGCUACUGGUCGUGGUGCUCCUAAAGGCAAGACUGGGGGUCGUGGAGGUCGUCAGAGGAACCGUGGCCCAGGUAACCAUGGCAGUGGGCAGGCCAACAUGCCGAACAGUCAGGCCAGUCAGGAUCUGGUGUCUCAGCCCUUCUCUCAGGGUCCUCUGACCCAAGGCUACAUCACCAUGAGCCAACCGUCACAGAUGAGCCAGCCUGGACUAUCUCAACCUGAACUUUCACAGGACAGUUAUCUGGGUGAUGAGUUCAAAUCGCAGAUGGAUGUGGCGCUCUCUCAGGAUUCCACCUACCAGGGUGAACGGGCAUACCAACAUGGAGGAGUGACUGGACUCUCACAGUACUAGAGUGUUGUUGGAACGGGAGCUAGGCCUGUGCUGAGCUUAGUUCAUCAGCAUUUUAAAUAUGGGUAAAUAUAAAAAAAAGAACAAACAUGGAUGCCCGUUUACCACUGUUACAACUGAAGCACCAUGGUGUGAGAGCAACAGGAGAGAAUCAAACCAAUCACAAGAGGGAGUGAAGCUGGACAGGACGAAAGAGAACGUGUGAGAAUGGAGGGACAAUCCACCAUUCGUUGACGACGGGGAGGAGAGGAGAGACGCAGUGUUCAGGAGGAGACCAAACUCGAGAUCUUCCAUCUGCAACUCCGCAACGUGGAGGGUGGCGGCUCCUGGAGUGCAGGGGGGCCCUUCCCAGCGUCCUCUCUCUCGCCUGGCUGCAGACGCCAGCCUCGGGCCUUGCCCUGCCAACCAGAGACGGAGCGAAUAGAUGAAGUUCUCUUAAAACUACCUGCAAAAACCAUGCUUGCUCUGUCGUCUCCACGAGCUGAGAGAGGGGGUGAUGUAUUUACAGUAAUUAUAAACGCUUUUCAAGCAACUGUUUUUUUGGGAAAAGAAAAAUGUCCCCUCAAAGUUGACAUCUAACAUUCAGGUUCUGUCACUGAACAUGUUUGAGAGAACGGAUCCGUGCGGUUUUGCGUUUAGUUUUCAAGCCGGGGUGCUAGGACGCUCUGAAGACGGAUUCAACUUUGAGGAAAGUUUUUUGCCAUGAAGUCCGGGAGGGUAGAGAUUCCCAAACGGAGAGACUGUCACAUCCAAGUUGCUCUUUGCGAAGAGGCUCUCCUCUAGAUGAUUUAAAAAGGAUAAAGGGGUAGUUUAAACAAAUGGCUUUGGGAUUUUGUUCUUUUAAAUGUUUGUCUCUGGACAGCUGACAUGGAAGGGGCCGCGAGAUCUGUCCUUUCUUAAUUUUCCUCUUUGUUUUUUUCUUCAAGUAGAAUAAAAGCAGUGAUGUAGAACUGCUCCAUUAGAUUUGGCUUCUUAAUAAAAACAAAUCCCAAUAAAAAUCUCCCUAAUUGACUCGCCAACUCGCACAGAUCGUGCAUUGGCUAGUCUAAAAGAGCCAAAUGCAGGUUUUAAAAGUGACACUUCGGUUUAAAAGAUCGACUAAACCCGUAGUGAAAUCCGUUUGUGUCAUCUUGCCAAAUUAUUAUUAGUUAAACAAUUGUCUUCAUUCAAAAUCAGAAUGACCGACUGCAUCAUAUUAUUGUUAUACACAUACAAAUGCCUGAAUCGCGUGAUGAAUUGUGCCUCGCGGAAAGCGAUUGCAGCGCCUAAAUGUAGGACCGCCAGGUGAGAUUCUCACUGUUUUUGCGUCUGACUGUAGGAGGCGCUGUUGUGCGCUCUUGCAUUAUGAUGAUGUCAAUGAAAUUGGGCGGUAACACUCCGCCCCAAAAGAGAGUAUUUGUGUUUGUGUGUGUUUCCAAAAAGCCCUCCCUCAUUAUCAUUUGUGUUCGAUAAUAGUUUUUCUUUGUUUUCCCCCUCACCUUCUUAGUAACUCAUAUUUUAGACGUUCAUGUAACCUCUCUCUCGGUGUGGAAAUUGCUCCUAAUUUCAAAUUUUUUGGUUUCGAAGGACCCACUAAGAGUUUUAUGGCAGCUUUUAACAUCUAUUUCCACCUAUGCCAGUCGCCUCAACUUUAUACUUUUACUUUGGAGUGUUUAUAAUUGCUGUUACUCCAUAUUUACCGACUUUUUGAUAUGUACUGAAGUACCACCACUCUCGUUUUAUAGCACUAAGCAAAGAUUCGUUUUUAUUCACACAAUUAUUUGCUUUCUCCUUUUCUUUGCCCACAAGACAAUCAUGAUCUGUUCAUGACGGUUGUGAAGGUCGAAUAAAACAAAAAGUAGCUGUUUAGACAUUCUGAGCAUGUACGCGUUCUUUUUGGUGAUAGGUGUUCCCGAUUUUUUUCAUUUAUAUCAUUUAUAAUUAACUCUUAGUGAACUCAGUCUAAAAUUGCUUUAUUGAGCAUUCUUAGUUCUUAAUAAAAAUCUGAGUUUAGUUCACUUUACACACGUCAAUUGUAAAUAUCUGUUAAUAUCGUAACACCAGCCAAAUUGUUGCCCAUUAUAAUGACAAUAAAAUUAUGUAAUUCUAACAUUCAAAACAUUGGUCAAGGUGAUCUGUAGUGAUGUAUUCUGGUUAUCAAGACUAUGAUAUGUGUGCCUGAGUUCACAUUUCAUUGUGAGAUUCUGCAGGCUAAAGUUGCAUUUGAAUAACAAACUUGACUUUGUACAAUAAAUUAAUAAAACUUGCAAUGAAGAGGAACACUGGAAAAAUAAAACCUGUUAAGGCGUCAGGAUAUGAAGUAUGAUCCAGGAUUGUUUUGUUUUGUGGAAAGAAUGAUCACCCCCACAGUAUGUGCUUCUUGUAAUGUUACAAAUAAAUGUUGCUUUCUUUCAUCCAAAA